AUGUCACCUCAAUCUUCUCUGCCUGUAGUUUCGGCUGAACACGUUGUGGACACAUCACGUCAUACUGGAGGUGAUACUGCCGCUAUUGCGACGAGCACACAAUACGACGCUUUAAAGUACAUAACAAGCGCUCGCACUGAGCAGCAGGACGAUGAGCCGCAAGAUGAUACGGUCUCAGAAACGAACACUGUUCUCUACGGGCAGGAGCCAUUUGAGACAUUACAGCACAAAGUCGUCGAACUAGCCGCCAAAGUCUUCCGGCGAAGCCCACAAGACAUUUCAGUUCAUGAAAUGAAGGGUGGCUCCUUCAACCGAGUCGUUAGCGUCACGCUCUCAACAAAGCCCAAGAGUUUUAGCUGGAUCUGGUUCACGUUCCGCUGCCUGAGCGCACGCAAGAAGAAGGCGACCACACAAUGCGAAUCAUACAUUGUACGUGUUCCGCGAAUGAUGGAUGAUGGUGACAAUGGCGCCGAAGCCAUGGCCGAAGACAUGAAGCGCCAGGUGGCGGUAUUGAAGACGGCUAUUUCACGACUACCUUUGCCGACUCCUGAUGUCGAAAGCUAUGAUAUUACCAUGGAAAACAUUUUUGGACGACCAUAUAUGAUUCAAAAGCGACUUCCUGGAGAGAACCUUGCGGGAGGCUUUUGGCGUAAACUCAACAUACAACAAAAGCGUUGCAUGGCUAAGCAAAUCACCGCUCUCGCCUCUACCAUUGCUUCUGUGGAAGGUCCAGCCGGCGAUAUAGCGUCGCGAAACUUAUCCUGCCCUUCGAAGUCUCCGAUCAAUAUCGAUACGUUCUACACGCCGCCUUACGAUGAUCAGCCAUCAUCCAAACCGACCUCGUCCUGCAAGCCCCUCGACUUCCUCCUUGAGCGCUGCGAGCAAUAUCGCGCUUACGACGCAUUCGAAGGAGUCAACUUUGACGAGGUCUGGGUGAGCUUCGCUAGAAUCUCGAAAGCUCUGGAAGCUCGUGGCUUCCUCGAUGGACCGUGCGUACUCGUUCACGGCGACCUCAAACCUUACAACAUCCUGGCGGAAGUACGUAGUGACACCGAGGCAGUCAUCACAGGCGUCAUCGACUGGGAUUCAGCCAUUAUCGCCCCUGAGUUCAUGGCUUAUAGAGCUCCUUUCUGGCUUUGGACGCCUGAGGAGAUGAAUAGCGACGAGGAAGACAAAGAAUGGGUAGCGGUUGUGGAGCCAAACACUGAGGAGGACAGGAUCAUGAAGCAAGUGUUCCUCGAUAAUGCGUCGGAGAAGUUCAAGCGCUUUGCCUUCCCUAGAGAGGCCAUGAUGGCUAGGCGCAUGUUUGAGAUAAUCCAGAAGGGUAUGCCUGAUGAGUGGGAGCAUGAGGAGGCACAGGGCAUCAUUAUGGAGUGGGAUGAUCUACACCCCGAGGAUGACGUUCGAUACCAGGAGUCUGUCGUUAAAGAGUAG